AUGGCGAGGAAAAAAGAAGCUUGCGCUCCCUGCGCGUCCCCGGGACUAUAUUGCAAGAGCUCAGGAGAAGCGAAACGUCCCGUCUCUUCCUCUCGCCAACUCCAGUCAACAGAACAAUCAAUUCAUCAGCGCUGCUGUAGUGUGCCAAAACAUCCCGGUAUGACGGAAAAAAACAGUUUACACUCGCGGGCGCGCAGGGGCUCCGGCGCGACCGCCGGCGAGCCCAAGCUCAAAGCGCACAGCGACGACUUCGAAAUGUACGUGUACUCGCAGGACGAGCCCAGCACCGACCCGCUCGGGUCGGACACCGAGAGCGGCGAGGGCGACAUGCAGGAGGGCAAGGUCAAGCGGGCGCUCAAGCCGCGGCAUGUGUCGAUGAUCGCGCUCGGAGGCACGAUCGGCACGGGUCUCUUCGUGGGUAUCGCCAGCCCGUUGUCGUACUCGGGCCCCGUGGGCGCGCUCAUCGCGUACAUCUUCAUGGGCACGGUCGUGUACUUCGUGACGCAGUCCAUGGGCGAGAUGGCCACGUUCAUCCCGGUCACGUCGUCGAUCACGGUGUUCUCCAGCCGGUUCCUGUCGCCCGCGUUCGGCGUGGCCAACGGCUACAUGUACUGGUUCAACUGGGCCAUCACGUUUGCGGUCGAGCUGUCCGUCACGGGCCAGGUCAUUGAGUACUGGACCGAGGCCGUGCCGCGCGCCGCGUGGAUCGCCAUCUUCUGGGUGCUGGUAACGCUCGCCAACUUCUUCCCCGUGCAGUUCUACGGUGAGGUCGAGUUCUGGGUCGCCUCCAUCAAGGUCCUGGCCAUCGUGGGCUACCUGAUCUACGCCCUGGUCAUCGUGUGCGGCGGCUCCAAGCAGGGCCCAAUCGGCUUCCGCUACUGGCGCAACCCGGGGCCCUGGGGCGCCGGCAUCAUCUCCAAGGAUAAGGACGAGGGCCGCUUCCUGGGCUGGGUCGCCUCCCUGAUCAACGCUUCAUUCACCUACCAGGGUACCGAGCUUGUGGGCAUCACCGCAGGAGAGGCCGCCAACCCGCGCCGCACCGUGCCACGCGCCAUUAACAAGGUGUUUUUCCGUAUCCUGUUCUUCUACAUCCUCUCGCUCUUCUUCGUCGGUCUGCUCGUGCCUUACAACCACUCAAGCCUGGACAAAACCACCACGGUGAUCGCCUCCUCACCAUUUGUCAUCUCCAUCCAGAACGCCGGUACCCGCGCGCUGCCCGACAUCUUCAACGCCGUGGUCCUGGUGACCAUCAUCUCCGCGGCCAACUCCAACGUCUACGUGGGCUCCCGUGUGCUCUUUUCCCUGGCACACACCGGCAUUGCGCCCAAGGUCUUUAGCUCCGUCACGCCCCAGGGUGUUCCAUUCAUGGGUGUUAUCGUCACCUCGCUGCUGGGCUUACUGGCGUUCUUGGUGGUGAAUCACAACGCCAACGAGGCCUUCAACUGGUUGAUCAACAUCUCUACUCUGGCCGGACUGUGCGCGUGGCUGUUCAUCUCCAUCUCCCACAUCAGGUUUAUGCAGUGCCUAAAACAAAGAGGCAUUUCCAGGGAUGACCUGCCUUUCAAGUCCAAGCUCAUGCCAUAUGGUGCCUACUACGCUGCCUUCUGGGUUACCGUCAUCAUUUUUGUGCAAGGUUUCCAGGCCUUCUCACCACAUUUCAAGGUCACUGAAUUCUUCACCAGCUACAUCUCGCUUAUGUUACUGGUUGUUGUCUUCUGCGGCGCCCAACUGUUCUACAGGUGCAGGUUCUUCAACCGUCUCGAGGACAUUGAUAUCGACUCCGACCGUAGAGAGGCCGACGCCCUGAUAUGGGAGGACGACGAGCCCACCACACUGUGGGGCAAGUUCUGGACUGCCGUUGCAUAG